AUGGAACAGAUUCUGGAGUUGGACAAGGAUCUCAACAUUGAAGUCUUCGAUAAGGUUGUGACGAAUGCAAACUGUCCAGACAACAGGAAGAAGGAAGAAGCUGAGAGAAUUCUCCUGAAGUUCAAGGAGCUUCCGAACUCAUGGACAAAGGUGGACUACAUCCUAAACAAUAGCAAACUGCAGGAGAGUCAUUAUGUGGCCCUCCAGCUACUGGAAAGUAUCAUAAAGACGAAAUGGUCAUUGUUUGACGAGGGAAUGAAGCAGGGGCUCAGGAUGUAUGUAUUCCAGCUUGUCAUCGAGAAGUCCAAGGCCAGAGAUAAGGAAAACUAUGUACUGCAGGAGCUGAAUACCAUUCUCAUUGAGAUUGCAAAGAAGGACUGGCCCCGCAGAUGGCCUACAUUUAUAACCGACCUCAUCAAUGUGUCUCAGGGAAUAAGCAUGGAGGUCUGCAGGAACAGCCUCAACAUACUUAAAAGACUCAACGAGGAAGUCUUCAUCUUUUCUGAGGACAGCAUUACGACCGUCAGGAAAAGACUCCUGAGGAACCAACUAAAAAUCGAGUUCCCGCAGAUAUUUGGGUUCAUAAAGACGAUUCUUGAAUAUUCGCGGAACACGGAGAUGGAUGAAAGCCUUCUCGAGGCGACGUUGGAGUCUUUUCAGUGCUUCUGUGAGUCAAUGCCUCUUGACUUCAUUUUCCUCACAGAAAUAAUUGACCUUGUCCUGGAGCACUUAAACUCCAUGCACAGCGUUGCAUGUCUUAGCUGCUUGAUUGAAAUUGUUGAUCUUGGAAGAAAUAGGAACCUUGCCAGAACCCACGAGAUCGAGGGUGCUGAGAAAGAAAGGAUUCUUUCAAUCCACGGGCAAUGCAUUGAGUUUCUAAAGAUGUAUUUCAACAAGUUCCAGGAGGAGAGGAUAUAUGAAGUGUAUGGAGGAAUGGACAAGGCUGAAAAGAUCUUUGUUCUUAAACUUGCACAGCUCUUGUCUUCUCUCUACGAGGUUUACAUCAGCUUGCUUGAGGCGAGAGACAUGGCAAACACAAAGAUCGGGCUUGGAUAUCUCAUACAAAUAUCCAGGAUCAACAACUCAAACAUCUUCUCAACUGCAUUUGAGAUGUGGAAUAAGUUCGUAUUCGAUCUAUACUCCGAGUUUCCAUUCACCAACCAAGAUUCUACAAAGAGACUGAGAAGAUCCAACUACAUAGGCGUUUUGAAUCAGCUAAUGGGAACUCUUGUUGAUAAGAUGCCUCGGCCUGAGGAGGUGUUCAUUGUGGUUGAUGAGUAUAACGAGGUGAUAAGGAAGAAGAUGACGGACACAGACCAGAUAGAGUUCUACAGAAAGAUGAGGGGGUGUUUAUAUCACCUGGCGUUUCUUAUCGAAGACGACAUGAAGAAGUACUUUAUAGGCAAGGUUGGGCUUCAGCUUGACGACAAGGAAUGGGACUGCAACUAUCUGAACAGGCUGUGCUGGGCGAUUGGAUCGAUAUCAGGGGCGUUCUCGGAAGUAAAUGAGAGGGAAUUCUUUGUAAACAUCCUCAAACAUCUACUGGCCCUAUGCGAAAUGAAAUCGUUUAAAACAGACAAGGCGGUCAUAGCCUCGAACAUCAUGUUUAUAAUCGGGCAGUACCACCGAUUCCUCCUCCACAACAAAAGCUUCUUGAAGACAGUUGUUAAGAAGCUUUUUGAGUUUAUGGACGAAGACCAUGAGGGAAUUAAGGACAUGGCAUGCGACAACUUCUUCAAGAUAGUAGAGAAGUGCCCUGUGGAGUUUCUGACGCAGAGAGAAGGAGACGAGAUCUUCAUCGUCUACAUAUUGAAAAACCUACCUGCAAUCACCGGAACCCUGGAAUUUUACCAGAAAAGAAUCGUCUAUGAGGCACUUCUGAUGGUUAUAAGAGAGGUUCCCAAGACAAGAGAUUACAAGUCCAGGGUUUUGAGUUAUGCCGACCUCCUUCUUUCGUCCCUGCUGAACUUUAACAUCCUAGCAGAUGAACACAUAAACCGGCUAUCUACCAUGAUAUCGAAUGUCGAUGAGGCCAAGAUGAUUUCCCAUGUUCUUAAGUCACAUGCACUAACCUACAGAUUGCUUCCAGAAACAUGUUCUUCCAGCUGCAUACAGAUAUUUCCAAAAUUCUUUACGAUCUUUGACAUUUGCAACUCCAUAACUCUUGAGAACAAGGAGGGAACAGCAUUUAACAAUGCCAAGGCUGUGAAAGCAGAGAUUAUUGAACUCUUUGCCACAGUCAUUGACUCAAAGUUUGUACAGAACGACUUCGUGAACAUGGUUUGCGAAAAGGUCAUUUUCGACUACAAGAAUAACCCAGUCUAUAAGGAGCCUGCAAUACUAUCCUUGGGGUCAAGCAUAGUACGCAACGUAGAAAAUGACGGAUCCGUUAUAUACUUACAGAGAGAGGCAUUUAUGAUCUCUGCCCUCAUAGAGCCUUCCAUUCCCUUUGUAAUGCAGGCAGACGAGAAUCUGGAAAUAUCCAAGAACUAUCUUCUUCUUAUGGAGAACAUGCUCUUGUUUUCAUUCAGCUCGUUCUUCUCAUCUCUGUUUGGACAGCCAUCAUUCCGUCAAGUGUACAACACUCUCUUGUACUCUUUGAUAUGUAUAAGAGAUGUGUCUGAUCUAUCUCUGAACUGCCUAACUAUUAUCUUUAAGAAAUGCCACGAACAAAAGAUCUACCAGUUCUAUGCUCAGAACUACAUGUCGACCUUGGAGAAUAUCCUGGGGAUAAUAUUCGAUAAGGACAUGAAAUAUAACUUUGACCAGCAGUGCCUUCUGUUUGCAUUCAUGAUCCGUAUAAGCAAGGAUGUCCCGAGCCUCGACGGAAUCAAUCCGAACAUCACCAUCCUUUCAGAGUAUAUAGUUGGGUUGUUUGUGAAGUCGUUUCCAAACAUAACCCAGGAGUCUGUUAAGAUAUUUUCUGUCGGGCUAUUCGAGCUAUGUGGAGAUGAUGAGAUCUUCAAAGAGCAUGUGGAAGACUUCAGAGUCAAGGUCUACGAGUUUGGAACUGACGAGGAUCUUCAGGAAGAAAUUGAUCUUAAGAACGAAAGAAUUAGACGAUGCAAGAAUUAA